UGUAUUUAUUUAACAUUUAUGGAUUAGAUACUUAAAAAGUAAGAUAAGAGCUAGAAAUCCCUACCCUUAUAUAGUCUUACUAAAGUUCUCUUACCCUUUUUCCUGCUUUUAAAGUGCCUAAUCACUAAUUCGGGCUGAGAGCACUUGUGAGAGGUUGCGGCCUGGUAAGACCCUUCUCCUUACCAACUCUAUAUAUAAACUCUGUAUAAUCUCACUAGACAAGAUCUUAACUUCUAGAAUUUAAGGUAAGAAACGUCGACCGAUAAAGCGGCAUAAAUGGAUCUUUUGGACAGUAGAAAAGGGCAAAUAAGGUAAAAAAAAGAGGAGAGAGAAAGUCGGAAUGAAAAGGAGGAAGAGAAGGCCAGUUUGUCCCCUCAUGCCAGGAUCUUCGCACGUUAUCAUUCCCAGUCAUCUCCCUCACUCCCUCCCUUAACUCCACCUUCCAUUUUUAUUUUUCUAUACUCUCUCACUUCAUACCGCCAUUACUUCCCAUCUUUCUUUCUUUCUCUCUCCUCAAAACCCUAACUUUAAACCUCUUUUUCCUUCUCUCUUUUCUUCCUCCAUUACCACUUACAAUAAUUACCUUUCUCACGACGUCGUUUUUACAAUAAACCCCUUUUUUUCCUCUCUUUUGUAAAGUUAAAAAUUUCUUUUUUUAGAAACUUUUUAUCCCUUCUUUUUUGGAGGACAUAAUAUUUCCACACUUUCUCAAAAAAACUUUGAAAUGUAGGAUCCCAUUUUUCCCAAACAAAUUUUGUUUUGUUUUGUUUUUUUUUUUUUUUUUAAAUUUUUUUUUUUGGGAUUUUACUAUUGAUUGAUUAUUCUAAAAUUCAUACUCAAUGAAGAAUAUGAGGUGGUUGAAACAAAUGUCAAGGGAUAACGACAAAGACGAGAACGGAAACGGGUACAGACACGGAUACGGAUACGGAAAUGAAACCCCGUCAACAGACGGGAAAAGGAGGAAGAACAAGCUGAAAAGGAAGAUAUCAUUUGGUGAGUACAGAAGAGCAGUAUCAUGGUCAAAGUAUUUGGUAUCAUCAGGAGCAGAAAUAAAAGGAGGAGGUGAAGAAAAAUGGAGUGCAGAUAUGUCACAAUUAUACAUAGGAAAUAAAUUUGCAUCUGGAAGACAUAGUAGGAUUUAUAGAGGUAUUUAUAAACAAAAAGAUGUUGCUAUUAAACUUAUUAGUCAACCUGAAGAAGACCCUGAUUUGGCUACUAAGAUUGAACAAGAAUUUGCUUCUGAAGUUUCUCUUUUGUUUGGCUUGAAUCAUCCUAAUAUUAUCACUUUUUUUGCUGCAUGUAAGAAACCUCCUGUAUUCUGUAUCAUCACGGAGUAUAUGGCUGGGGGAUCACUGAGAAAAUAUCUUCAUCAUCAACAGCCAUAUUCUGUCCCUCUUGAUCUAGUUCUGAAGUUGGCUCUCGACAUUGCUCGGGGAAUGCAAUUUCUUCAUUCUCAGGGAAUACUUCACCGUGAUUUGAAAUCAGAAAAUCUUCUUCUUGGAAAUGAUAUGUGUGUGAAAGUAGCUGAUUUUGGUAUCUCUUGCUUAGAAACUCAAACUGGCAGUGCAAAAGGAUUCACUGGUACCUAUCGCUGGAUGGCUCCGGAAAUGAUAAGAGAAAAGCACCAUACUAAGAAAGUUGAUGUGUACAGUUUUGGCAUCGUCUUGUGGGAGAUCUUGACCGCAUUGACGCCCUUUGAUGACAUGACCCCAGAACAGGCUGCUUUUGCUGUUUGCCAGAAGAAAGCAAGGCCUCCAAUACCUGCUGAGUGCCCAACAGCAUUGAGUCGCCUUAUGAAGCGAUGCUGGUCAAGCAAACCUUAUAAACGGCCACAGUUUGAUGAGAUUGCUGCGAUUUUGGAGAGGUUUUUGAAGUCCUUUAAUCGCGAUCCUGGAUUCUUUUUAUCAUGUAAACCCAAUGGGAAAUUAUUGCGCUGCUUACCUACAUGUAUUAAUUCUCGUAAGCCUGUUUCCUUAAGUGAUUAAGGGUAUAAUCUCUUUUGAAACCGUGAAUAUAGUGAUAUAUAUAUAUAUUUAUAUGUGGAUAGAGCUGUAUAAUAUUGUAGUAGAUCAUCCCAGAUGAUUCAUGUUGUCAGCUUGUCACUGAACAUGUGUUGUACUGUAUGUUGUAUCAAGGCCCAAAAUGGCUCUGUUCCAAAAUUUUACCAAAUUCACUUCUCAAA